AUGGGGAAACUGCAAAGCAAACUCAAACAAAGUUCUUUUAAGUACAGUAGGCCUGAUGGAGUUCUAGAAGAGAGGAUUCAGACUAAAACAGUUCAAGAGUAUAGCCCAGCCCAUGUGGAUGCUGUCUCUGCUGUUGCUGCCCUCAGCCCAGAACUUUGUGUCUCAGGAGGAAAAGAUAAGAUGGUUGUAGUCUAUAACUGGAAAACUGGAAAUGUGGUGAAAAAGUUCAAAGGACAUGAACGAGAAGUCACUAAGGUAGCCUGUAUUCCCAAAUCAAACCAGCUCUUCAGCGCCUCUCGUGACAGGAUGGUCAUGAUGUGGGACUUACAGGGUUCACAACCAAGACAGCAGCUCUCAGGCCAUGCCAUGGUGGUCACUGGUUUGGCUGUGAGCCCAGACUCCACACAGCUGUGCACUGGUUCUCGGGACAACACCCUGCUUCUGUGGGAUGUGGAAACUGGACAGUGUGUAGAGAGAGCUUCUGUUUCCAGAAACCUGGUCACUCACCUGUGCUGGGUCCCCAGAGAACCAUAUAUCCUACAGACCUCUGAGGACAAAACCAUCAGAUUAUGGGACAGUCGGGGCCUGCAUGUAGCUCAUAUGUUUCCUGCAAAACAACAUAUUCAGACCUACUGUGAUGUCAGUGAGGAUGGACACAUGUUUCUCUCCUGUAGCAACGGCUUUGGAGGGGAAGGCUGUGAAGCUACGUUGUGGGACCUAAGACAGACACGCAACAGAAUAUGUGACUACAUAGGACAUUUCCAGACAGUUGCAUCCUGUGUCUUUCUACCAAGAGCGCUGGCCUUGACACCGGUAAUUGCUACCUCAUCACAUGACUGCAAGGUUAAGAUUUGGAAUCAAGAUACUGGAGCCUGCCUUUUCACCUUGUCUCUGGAUGGAUCAGGACCUUUAAAUUCCCUAGCUGUUGGUGACACCGUCUCCUUAUUGUGUGCAAGUUUCAGCAGAGGAAUUCAUUUACUCAGAGUGGACCACAGCCAAGGGCCGAAACUGUGGCAAGUGGCAGCAUUUUGA